AUGGCCUCCUUCUUCCCGCCGCCCGCGCCACCGUACGGCGGAGACCCCCUCGCCGUCACCAUCCCACCCUCAAUGCCGCCGCCGGCUCCGCCCUCCUCGUCGCUCAACCUCUCCCCCUCGCUCCUCAUCAUCGCCGCCCUCCUCGCCUUCGUCUUCUGCGCCUCCGUCUCCAUCCACUUCCUCCUCCGCUGCCUCUCGCGGCACCCGUCUCCUCCGGCCCCGAGCUCCCUCCCCAGGGCCCACCGCGUCUCCGCCACCCCGUCCGAAGCCGGGGCGGCUGAAGUCGUCCCUCCGGCGAGGCCCGCGGCGGCGGCGGGCGAGGACGUCGACGAGGAGAAGGAGCGGCUGAUCGCGUCGCUGCCGCUCUUCACAAUGGCGUCGGCGCUGGCGGCGCUGCCCAAGAGCUCCCCGGACUGCGCCGUGUGCCUGUCGCCCUUCGUGCCCGACGCGGAGCUGCGGCUGCUCCCGGCGUGCCGGCACGCGUUCCACGCCGCCUGCGUCGACGCCUGGCUCCGCACCACCCCGUCCUGCCCGCUCUGCCGCGCCGCCAUCUCCCUCCCGCACCCGCCGCUCCCCGCCGCCUACACCGCCGCCGCGCAGCAGGAGCCGCUGGGCUCGAGGAGCAGCCUCGGCAGCAACUCCAGGAGCUUCCGCGUGGAGAUCGGCAGCGUGAGCAACCGCCGCUCGUCCGCCGCGGACGACCGCCGCACCUACUCCCUCGGCUCCUUCGACUACCGCGUGGACGAGGAGGUGGAGGCCGUCGUGGCGCGCAUCGCGCGCCCCGCCGCGGCGGCCAAGUCGGCGUCGGCGGCCGGGCCGCAGGGCCCGGGCGAGGCGCUGGCGGAGGCGGCCGGGUCACGCGGGUGGCUGCGGGAGUACGUGGACCGGCUGGCCUCGUCGGCGUCGUCCCUCUCCGGGCGGUGGAGCGCGCGGUGGAGCCAGGGCCACCACAGCCACCGGCAGGAGGAGUCGUGGCAGUGGGACCCGGAGGCGGCGUCGGGGGCGGCCAUUCCGGCGCCGCGGGCGGCGGACGAGGACGAGCAGGGCUUCAUGGGCCUCUACCGCUGGAUCGUCGGCGUAUAGGAGGAUCCGAUCCGCCGGUCUCAAAUUUCGGAAACCUCGCGGAAUUGUUUUUUUGUCCAGCAACUUGCAUAUUACUUUAGGAAGUCU